UUCAGGAGGGGAAAUCAUUUAAAAAAAAUAAAAUCCACUCUAAUUAUUAGCCACACAAUUACAAAGCUGAUCUUAUUAGUUUGUAAAAGUGUAAUGCUAAUGAUAUUGUUCCCUAGUUCAAUAGAAAAUCAUUAGCCAUAUCCAGUACAGAAAAGCAUACAUCCUUGUGUCAGACACACGAUUCAAGAAAACCCCAUAAUCCAUUUUCCCUGUUUUAAAACACACUAUUAAGAAAGAGUGGCAGAAGAAGGGAUAAAGAUAUUCAUGGUGGUACUAAAUUUCCAACCAGUCCAAUUCAGAGCCAAUAUAGCUCACUGCAGUGGGCAAAGACAUGAAAAUGGCAGCAGAAAUAAAAGAAUGGUGAUUUUCCGGCCUCGAUGUCGAAUAACAGAGCCAACAGGUGUGCCUGCUCCUAUGGGACAAAAGACAAAGUACAAAGAUGGGUUUUUUGAGAUGAUUUUCAUGAAUCUUUUUGCUAGGAAGAUGGAGAAAUUUGCAUCAUCUUCUGCUUCAAAGAAGAAACAGGAGAAAGAUGAUGGGUGGUUUAAUUACGAUUAUGAGAGUUUUGUGGAUGUGUCGAAGAGAGUAAUGCAGGGAAGAUCACGGCCACAGCAGCAGGAAGUUGUCAGGAAAGUUCUCUUGUCUAUGCUCCCUCCUGGUGCCCCGGCUCAGUUCAGAAAAUUGUUUCCGCCAACAAAAUGGGCAGCUGAGUUCAAUGCAGCCCUUACAGUGCCGUUCUUCCACUGGCUUGUUGGACCUUCUGAGGUAAUUGAAGUGGAAGUAAAUGGAGUGAAACAAAGAAGUGGUGUUCUUAUAAAGAAGUGCAGGUAUUUGGAGAACAGUGGUUGUGUAGGAAUGUGUGUGAAUAUGUGCAAAAUCCCAACACAAGACUUCUUCACCAGUGAAUUCGGACUUCCUCUGACAAUGAAUCCAAAAUUUGAAGAUAUGAGCUGCGAAAUGGUGUAUGGGCAAGUUCCACCACCAUUCGAGGAAGAUGAAGUCUCCAAACAGGCUUGUUAUAAGGAUUUAUGUUCCAUGGCAAAUCCAAGUGCAAACCUUUGUCCCAAAUUACUAUCAUAAGAGAUGCCUGCGCGAUUUCAGUAAUUACCUACUUCAACAACUAGUGGAACCAGAGUUGUAUAACUAUAUACUGAGAAGAUAACACACAUUUAUACAUGUAUAGAAACAAACAAGUUCAACCUAUGUAGUCAUCAAUUUUUUGCUCCUAUCUGAACAUUGAACAUUAUUCAUCCAAUGAUCAAAUCUGUCUGUAAUUGCUGUA